GGGCGGGUCUUCCUGUAGUUUGUUAUGGAAGAUGUCACUAGCUAGACGAGCAAUGUCGAGUGUUACCAGACCAACCCUUCUGGGAUUCUUCAGCGCCUCCAAUCUGCUUAAAAACAGCUAUGUCUGGCAUCAGAUCCCACGGUCUUUCUCGAGACGCGCAGUAUCGCCACGGUCUUUUAGCACGUCUCCCAGCCAGCAGCCGACCGCUGACAGAGUACAGCUGACUGAGUCGUGUGUGAAGAGACUCGGCGAGAUCAUGGGCAAGGGUGAGUACCUGAGGAUUUAUGUGGAAGGAGGCGGCUGCUCCGGCUUUCAGUACAAGUUCUCCGUUGAUGACAAGCGAAAUGAAGACGACAGAGUGUUUGAGCAAGGUGGAGUGGGCAUCAUCGUGGACCAGGACAGUCUGGAGUUCGUCAAAGGUGCCACGGUGGACUUCAGCCAGGAGCUGAUCCGAUCGUCCUUCCAAGUGCUAAAGAAUCCUCAAGCUGACCACGGAUGCUCCUGCGGCAGUUCCUUCUCUGUCAAGCUCUAAUCACCCGCAACAACUCACUGCUUUUCAGUACAUUUAUAAUCAUGACUGUCACAGUUAGAUCUCCCGGAAAUCAUCUAGCGGCAACUUGCAUCACACAAGAGGUGUCAGUGUGCUUUUGUUUUAGUCGCCACAUCAAAAUAGUCAUAACAUGGACGUUCAGGUAACAGUUGUGCUUCACUUUUGAAUUAUGAAUAUGUAAAUAUGAUAACUAUGGAUAUAUAUUUAUGUUUUCAAAUAAACCAAGUGGAUGAAA